CAUCUACACUGCGGUGCGGUAGUGAGGCGUCUCCAGAUCACUGUGGUGGGCGCGGACAUUCUUCCCAUCUGAAGCAAGUUAUUUUAUCACUAUUUGAAGGAGGAUAUCCUUCCCAACAAAAAGGAUGAAGAUCCUUGUGGUAUUUAGCGCCACGUUAUGGUGCAUAACGUCCGCCCAACUGCUGAGGGCAGACAAAAUGAAUCUUGGAGUGUACAACCCUGAAACAAAGCAUUAUGAAAAGCAGCCUCAGCUAGGACAAGAUGGGCAUGAUCGGCAGCACCAUGGCCAGCCUCUCCUGGGCCAGGAUGGACAUGACCAGCAGCAGCAUGGCCAGCCACGUAUCGGAGGAGAUGACCAUGACUUGCGACCUCACGGACAGCCACUUCUUGGAGGAGAUGACCAUGACUUGCUACCUCACGGACAGCCACUUCUUGGAGGAGAUGACCAUGACUUGCGACCUCAUGGACAGCCACUUCUUGGAGGAGAUGACCAUGACUUGCUACCUCAUGGACAGCCACUUCUUGGAGGAGAUGACCAUGACUUGCGACCUCAUGGACAGCCACUUCUUGGAGGAGAUGACCAUGACUUGCAACCUCAUGGACAGCCACUGCCUGACAUUCAUAAAACACAGGAUAACCUAGGAGGUGACAGCCAUUAUAAAAGGGACCACAAGAAGAAACAUGGCAAACAUAACAAGCACAAGGGAAGAAAGGUUCUUGGAGGUGAUGAUCAUGAUAAAAGGCCACACGCGAAGCAUUUGCUCGGUGGUGAUGACCAUGACCGUCAACCCCAUGGCAGGCCUGUGCUUGGAGGUGAUGACCACGACCAUCAGUCACAUCGGCGUGUGCUUGGUGGUGAUGACCAUGACCAUCAGCCUCAUGAUAGGAGACUGCUUGAUGAUGAUGGUUAUGACAAAUGGGAACAGAGGGAAAUGGCAUCUGAUAAGAAGGUACACAAGAAGCGUACGUUCGGCCAGGGAAUCCACGACCACAAGAAGCACGGCAAGAAACUUGGUGGAGGCAUACAUGACCUGACUCACAUCGGUGUGUUUAAGAACUUCAUGAAGCAAUACAACAAGUCAUACAAGAGCCAGGCAGAGUUUAAGAAGAGGUUUAACAUCUUCCGCCAGAACAUGAAGAAGGUUUACAUCUUCAAUGAGAAAGAAAGAGGCUCAGCAAAAUAUGGACCCACCAAAUUUGCUGAUCUUACUGAGCAAGAGUUCCGCAAGAUGCUGGGAUUCCGUCUUGACCUGAAGCCUGAACUGUCAUCAAUGAGACCAGCUGUUGUCCCUGAAGAUACUGUAUUACCAACUGCAUUUGAUUGGAGAGACAAGGGUGUUGUUUCACCUGUUAAAAAUCAGGGAAUGUGUGGUUCUUGCUGGGCAUUCUCCGUCACAGGCAACGUUGAGGGACAAUGGGCACUUAAGCACCAGCAUCUGUUCUCUCUGUCAGAACAAGAACUAGUGGACUGUGAUAAAACAGAUCAGGGUUGUAACGGAGGAAUGCCAGAGAAUGCUUAUGAAGCAAUUAAAGACUUGGGCGGCUUGGAGACCGAGAGCGACUACCCUUACGAUGCUAAGGAUGAACAAUGUCACUUCAAUAAGACUAUGGUGAAGGUAACAGUCAAUGGAUCGGUGGAGCUGCCACAGGAUGAAGUUGCUCUGGCCAAAUGGCUAAUCAAGAAUGGACCUAUCUCCAUUGGUAUUAAUGCCAAUCCCCUUCAGUUCUAUAUUGGUGGAGUGUCUCAUCCUCUGAAGUUCCUGUGCAACCCAAAGGACCUGGACCAUGGCAUGCUUAUUGUUGGCUUUGGUGUACACACAACCAAAUACCUACACAGAAAGCAGCCAUACUGGAUCAUCAAGAACUCAUGGGGGGCUGACUGGGGUGAACAGGGCUACUACCGUGUGUAUCGUGGAGAUGGUACUUGCGGCGUCAACCAGAUGGCUACAAGUGCUAUUGUACCUUAAGCCAGCCAACUUAUUGUGUUAUCCAUGCAACAGCAGACUGGCACUGGAACACCUAAUACUAUAUGUGUCACAGGGGUUUAAGCAGAUGCAUUAUUGAUGACUCGUGUUUGCUAGUAUUUCACUUGUUCUUAAUAACUUUAAUUAUGGAUAUAAUUGAGUCAGUAUUCCCCUGUCUGCCAUACAAAGUAGUUAGUGUGAAAGAAUUACUCAGAACCAGACUGUUAAACCAUCUAUUUUCAGAUGAAACCAACCAGACUUAACACACCCAAAAACUUCCCUCGGGCUGUUGUGGUAGAUUAGGUUAGGUGCAAGUCAGCUGCUUAAAAAAACAAACAAAAAAGGUAAAUGGUUUAGCAGUCAUGUUUUUGGUACUUCUCUGACAUUGGUCAUUGUGACACUGUUCAGGUAAUAGAAAUACUCCCCACAGUAACAUAUCAUAAGUUAUCUUCAUCACAGCUCUCAAGUAAAUAUCUAGUUUCAAGAUUGCUUUUAUCAUUCAUAAAAGUGUCUUGAUGUGUCAUUAUCUUUGAAGGUUUGGAUGUUCAUCGUAUUACCAAAUGAUCCAGUAAUGGAGUAGAAGUUUUAGGAAACUACAGUAAAACCUCGAUUAACCGACUUUCUGAUUAACCGCCGAUCCUGGACCCCUAAAAAAAAAAAAAAUACGGGGAUUAACCCACCCAGGCACAGGUCACUGACCCACACCGGGGCCUGGGGGCGAUAAUGUAAUAAUAAUGAUAAUAAUAAUAAUAAUAAA